AUGUCUCGUGCUAAUUCUAAGCAAAAUACCAGCGCCAGUGUGGAAGAGGCAAAGGACAGCCAAACGAAACAGCGCUAUACGAAUCUGCAUCCGCAAGGCAAUCAACAUGCGUCCUCGCAACCAUCAAGUCGAAUCGCCAAUGGUUUGAACGGCAAUAUUGUUGAAGCGAAUAGUGAUAUGUCCUCGAUGGCUCACCCAGCCCCUCUUUUUGAGCGUCUUGUGUCCGAAGAAGCACAACAACAGAAAACAUACUCCCGUUUGGUUGAAAACUUGCAUCGCAAAAUCGCGUCACUUGAACUCGCGCAAAAAGAUUCCGAAGAUCGACUAAAGGCUGAAUCGAAAAGUAAAUUUCAACUGGAAAAGAAACUAGAGGAGAGAGAAAACCACUGGUCUCUAAAAUUUAAGAAACUUGGGGAAGAAAGAGAUGAACUAAAGAAGUCAGUGGAAGCUGAACAAGCGACCAAUACCAAACUUCGAGAUCAAGUCAAGAGAAAGGACAAAGAUAUUCACAGAAUGUUGCAGAGAAAGUAUGACAAGAAAGAAUCUCCAAUGGCUCACACGAUGAAAGGCGGGAGGCCUGCUGCCAACUCACCAUCCACUUCCGACGUAACGCAACGAACCGGGCAAAAUUUCAAGAGCCCCCGCGAAAUACUUGCAGCGAGUGGAUCCAUAGAAACCGUACGCACGAGAGAUGCUGAAAACCUUCUUAUGGAUUUUUUCGCAAUGUAG